AUGCAGGAACACCCACGAGAAUACUACCUACAGGACUCUGGCCGGCUGGAGGUGGUCAACAGGGGUGACUACAUACCUUCCAGCCUGACGCUGGAGGAGAAAGUCGAGAGGGCCCUGUUGGUUAGCGAGGAAUGCAUCCAGCCUGAAGAGCUCAGAACCCUGUUCGAAAAAAAAAAUGUUCCUGUGUGCUACGAUGGAUUUGAACCGUCGGGUCGUAUGCACAUUGCGCAGGGUAUCAUGAAAUGCAUCAACGUGAACAGACUCACUUCUUGCGGCUGUGUCUUCGUGUUUUGGGUCGCCGACUGGUUUGGAAUGCUUAACGGAAAAAUGGGCGGUGACUUAAACAAGAUACGUAAAGUCGGUGAGUAUUUCAUCCACGUCUGGAGGGCGGCGGGCAUGGACCUGACUAAUGUGCGUUUUAUCUGGACGUCAGAGGAAAUCAACCGAGACCCCGAUGGCUAUUGGAUCCGCGUUAUGGAUAUAUGUAGACAUAACUCCAUCUCGAGAAUGAAACGUUGCGGACAGAUCAUGGGUCGUGCGGAAGGGGAUGACCAACCCGCUGCUCAGAUCCUUUACCCAGCCAUGCAAUGCUCCGACAUCUUCUACAUCGGUGCAGACAUCUGUCAACUUGGCAUGGACCAGAGGAAGGUCAAUAUCCUAGCCAGGGAAUAUGCCGACACCUACAACAAGAACUACAAUAAAUAUCAGAAGCAGACCAAAAAGAGUAAUGAUGACAAUAAUGAUGCUGCCUCCCCGCAGUCAGCUGCACAGUCCAAUAUGUACAAGUAUCGACUCCGGAAGCCGGUUAUCCUCUCGCAUCAUAUGCUCCCGGGUCUCCUCCAAGGCCAGGCCAAAAUGUCCAAGUCGGACCCCGAUAGCGCGAUAUUUAUGGAGGACUCGGAAGACGAUGUUAGACGAAAGAUCAAGAAGGCCUACUGUCCUCCAGGCGUUGUGGAAGAGAACCCUUGCGUUUCUUACGUUAAGUUGAUUGUACUUCCGAAACUUAACCGGUUCGUCAUCACCUCAAAGGCGGAAUCUGAGGAACGCGAGAAGGUCUAUGACACUUACGAGAAGUUCGAAGAAGACUAUCUCACUGGAGCCAUCCACCCAGGAGACCUCAAACAAGCACUCACCAAUGCCCUCAAUGACAUACUCCAACCCAUUCGAGACCAUUUUGUUAACGACCCGGAAGCGAAGAAGCUUCUUGAAGAAAUUCGGUCGUUUAAGGUCACGAAUUAA